GAGAGCUGUUUUAAUCUGGGCUGCUCUAUCAGUCCGUGUUAUCGGAGAAAGAUGAAUUAAAGACAGGUGUAGAAACACUCCACCUUUGGCUAAGUGAAAUGGAAUUUUUUUAUAUACUGCCAGUGAUACUGCUGGUGAUUUUUACUGCUUCGUUCUUACUAGCAAUUAUAAGAACGGUUCAAGUGGACUUUCCCAAUGUCAACAUCCCUCCUGGCGUGGAUCAUCCUGGAAAGCUUCGUGUUGUCCAUGCGCAUAUGGUUAUCACAUCUGCUGUGGGCAAGAUGUUGGAGAAGAUGGGAGUGUGCACAGAGCUCGCCUUCACCCGCUACAUGCGCUCAGGGAAGAAGCGGGGCCCGGAGCCGCGGCUGCGGCUGCGGGAUACGCGCUUUGGUGGAGUGCCGGUGAGGCUCUACCGGCCCUACGUGCCAUCUGCCGCCCCGAGGCCUGCCGUCAUCUUCUUCCACGGCGGUGGCUGGAUUUACUGCAGCAUUGAUUCCCAUGACAACAUCUGCCGUUACAUCGCCAGAGAGAGCGGCUCCGUAGUUGUGUCUGUUGGGUAUCGCUUGGCUCCUGAACACAAAUACCCUGCUGCGUAUGAAGACUGCCUCAACGCUACCGUACACUUUAUGAGGAACGCAGAGCACUAUGGGGUGGAUCCUGCCCGUAUCAGUGUCUGUGGGGACAGUGCUGGGGGCAAUCUAGCUGCUGCCGUUAGCCAGACCCUGGCAGGUAGAGCAGACCUCCCCAGGCUGCGUGCUCAGAUCCUGAUCUACCCAGGCCUUCAGGCUCUGGACUUCAAUUUGCCGUCCUACCAGCAAAACCGGGGAGUUCCUCUCUUACUCCGAGAACGCGCUGCUUUCUUUGCUUUGCAGUACUUACACGGGGAUGCAACGCACAAGCAAGACGUCCUGAAGGGCUCUUACGUUCCUCCAGAAAUGAGACAGAAGUACGAGAAAUGGGUGAGUCCAGAUAACAUCCCCGAAAGAUUUAAGGCAAGAGGAUACAGCCCACAAAAAACUCAUGACAUCGCGGCUGAAAUCUGUAAGAAAUUUGAAAGAAUUUGUGAGCCCAGCCUGUGCCCCCUGCUAGCCGAAGACACUGUUAUUCAGCAGCUGCCUGAGUCUUUCAUUCUAACAUGUGAGUACGAUGUGCUAAGGGACGACGGCUUGCUGUACAAGAAGAGACUGGAGGACAAUGGAGUUGGAGUGACCUGGUGCCACCUGGAGGACGGAUUCCAUGCCAUCAUAAGCCUGCAUGAUUAUGGUGGGUUGUCGUUUCCAUCCGGGAAAAGGGGAUUGGACAGCGUUGUUCAAUUCAUAAAAGGCCUUUAGAAGAAGCGUUCCUUGGCUAUGUUUCUGCACCUCAGAAACCAGUGGAUGUUCCCAAAGCUUGGGUGGUGAUUGUCAGCAACAACCUGAUACCCCUCCAUGCGCACAAUAUCAAUUUUGAACUUGCAGAACUUCAAAUACUGUUCCCAGCAGUGGUCUUUGUCCUUGUGAGACUAUGCACAGGUUAGCCUUUCCACAUGUUGUUUUUCAAUCCCUUUUCUAUCAAAUCAGCACCGACUGAUUCCUUGAAUUUAAUUAAAAGAUGAUUUACUUCCACGCAAGCACUGUCAAUGGAAUGAUUUGGAUUUAAUAACUCCUGCGGAUUACAG